AUUUUUCAUCAGUUUGUUUUUUUGUGCAACUAUAAACAUUCAUCAUGAAUUCUGCAGUUCUAUUAUUUGUCACCUGUGUAGCUUCGGCUACAAUAUUUGUUAAUGCCUAUGAUUCCUUUGAAGACAAUCUUGAACAAUGGACAGCCCAAUGUAUUUCAGAAACUGGUGCUAAUUAUGAGAUAAUAGAAGCUGAACGAAAUGGUGCGGAUAUUAAUGAUGAAAGAGUAAAGUGCUUCCAUGCAUGCAUGGCUAUAAAAAUGGGAGUGAUGUCUUAUGAUGGUACAGUAGAUAAAGAAAAAAUCAUCAACUUUAUUCCACAUUAUGUUUCUGACGAACAAAGGAUGGAGAUCAUGAGACAACGUGCUUCAUGUGUAAAUAUGGUUGGUCCAAACCCAUGCGGUACUGCUGACCUUAUCUUUAGAUGCAUUCGCCCAGCAACAGCACGCUAUACUUCACCACAAGAACAUGGAAAGAACGUUUACUAUUUCUUUAGCGUGAAAAGAACAUGAUUUAUUAUGUAUCAUAAAAAAGAUUGUUAAAAGCAACUUAUUAAAACUCUAAAAGCAUUGAAAGUCUACCUAUAAAGAUGAUGUAAAAUUUAAAAGUGCAAAAAAAAUGGCAACACUUAUUUUCAUUUUUGUUACAAGGUCAUAGUGAUGUUGUCAUUAUAGAAUAUUAAUAAAUAAAAAUAAAUACA